AUGUCAUCCGUGUCGAGCAAGAUGUCACCUUCGUCGUCUCCGGUACCUUCCUCGCCUACGUCGUACAUGACUGUGCCUACGAGGCCGACAACACCACCGUCAAGCCCUCCUGACUUGCAUAAUGUCGAGGAGAACGGCCAAGCAGAUGCUAAUGACAAGGCUAAAGAUGAGGCCGAGGACGGCCAAGCCAACGAGGACACAGAAGCGCGCAUGAAGAUGCUCGAUGAGCUGCUCAAAAAGUCUGCCGCUUAUGUGUCUAUCCUGAAGGAACAGAUGGACAAGGUGCAGGUACACUACGGCAAGCGGCGCGCAGCAAAGCCAGAGCAUGGGCAUGAAGCUACACCCAGCUCAAAAAAGCGAAGGCGCAGUGGAGCGGAGGAGAAUGAUGAGCAGUCCACGAAGCGCAAGAAAACAGAGCAAGCCGGCCAAGCGGUCGUCGAGCGAAGCCAGGAGAGCAAUGACGCGAACGCGUUUGUACAGCCUGCGUUGGUCACGGGCGCGACGUUGAGAGACUACCAGCUCGAGGGCGUCGCGUGGAUGGUGGGUUUAUACCAAAGCGGUAUCUCUGGUAUUUUAGCGGAUGAGAUGGGAUUAGGCAAGACGCUACAGGCUAUUGCGUUCCACGCAUUCCUGCGGGAGCGCUCUGUGGCGCCGUUCCUAGUAGUCUGUCCGCUGAGCGUGCUGCAGAACUGGGUGGACGAGUUCCACCGCUUCACACCCGACAUCCCCGUGUGCAUGUACCACGGAACGCCGGAGGAGCGGGCGGAGCUGCGGCGCACGCAGAUGGUGUUCUCGGAGAGUGAUAUGGAGUAUCAAGACAAGGCGUUCAGACGGUAUGUGGCAAAGGAGUCAAAAGCGAAGCCUGGAGUUGCCAAGGGAAAGGGGAAGGUGGGAACAAAGUCUACGACAGAGGUGAAGACGCGGAAGAAGAGCAGUCGAGUCACGGCGAAGAGCAGAGCGCACACCGAGUCAGAUGACCAGAAACCUAAAACGCGGGGAAAGAAGCGCGGUGGGGCGAAAAAGGCACCAACACGCACGCGCAAGGUGUUCGAGAGUGAGGACGAACGGGUAGAAGAAGAUGAAGAGCCAAUGGAAGUGGACGACAAGGCGGGUACAUCCACAGUAACAUCGCAGCCUUUGCCUCCGCACCAAAAGACAAACUUCCCAGUGGUGAUCACCACGUACGAAAUGAUCAUGAAGGACCGUGCGCAGCUCGAGCGGUAUGCGUGGGGCUUCAUCGUCGUCGACGAGGGCCACAGGCUGAAGAACCUGCAUUGCAAGCUCAUGCGGGAGAUCAAGAAGCUGAACGCGGCCGCUCGUAUGGUGCUUACGGGCACGCCGUUGCAUAACAACCUGGCGGAGCUAUGGGCACUCUUGAACUUCGUGCUGCCCGACCUCUUCACGGAUUUGGACGCAUUCGAGGAAUGGUUCGAUUUGCCCAUGCUGCAAUCGAAGCUCUCUCCCACGCGCUCCGCGCAGCUCAUCCAUUCACUGCACGCCGUUCUCCGACCAUUCCUUCUCCGCCGGCUCAAAUCCGAUGUAGAGACGGACCUCCCGCCGAAGAAAGAGUACGUCCUGUAUGCACCGCUGAGCGAGCAUCAGCGUGAAAUCUACGAUGCCAUCGUGGACGGGACUUUACGUGCUCUCUUGGUGAAGGAGGCGGGUGGCAAAAGCACGUCUUUCAAGCCGGAGGAAGAGGACGAGGAAGAAGUGCCAUUAAAGGUGCAGGCUGCACGAAAGGAGGCAAAGAGCAAGUACAGUGCGAGACUUCGUCAGAACAGACAGAGAAACUACUCUGUGGAUGGUAGUGACGACGACUACUUUGAGAAACUCGAGUCGGGGCCGCAGAAGCCGAAGGCGACCGGGAAGAGUGCGGAAGACCUUGGGCGGGAAUGGCAGCGGAAGUCCAUGAUGAAAAAAAUAAAUGGCAUGAAGCUGCAAAACACCGUGAUGCAACUACGAAAGGUGUGCUCCCACCCAUUCCUCUUCGACUGGCCGGUGGACCCGAACACCCGUGCGCCCGUGCUCAACGAGGAUCUGGUCUCGACGAGUGGGAAGAUGAUGGUGCUAGAUCGACUGCUUGAAGAGCUAUUCCGGAGGGACCACAAGGUGCUCUUAUUCAGCCAAUUCACAACAGUGUUGGACAUUAUUGAGGACUGGGCUGUUGAAUUGAAGGGGUGGCCUAUCUGUCGUAUCGACGGUUCAACUUCUAUGACCGAUCGUUGCGAGGAGGUUGAUAGAUUCGAGAAAAGUGGUGACACCUCCCACGCUCCCCGGCUCUUCCUCCUCAGCACUAGAGCUGGCGGACUUGGUCUCAACUUGGUCGCUGCGGAUACAGUGAUCUUCUACGACCAGGAUUGGAAUCCUCAAAUGGACCUGCAAGCGCAGGACCGUGCACAUCGUAUCGGGCAGACCAGACCUGUGCUCAUAUUUCGUCUGGUGAGCGCACACACGAUCGAGGCAAAGAUAAUGGAACGCGCAACGGAGAAACGCAAACUCGAGGCGCUCGUCAUUGCCAAAGGUCAAUUUAAGACUCCAACGCUGGCUGUAGGACGCAGCAAGCCCGAGACAAUGACAGAGAUGGCAGCCUCUCUCCUAAGGCUCGAGGGUGAGAAGAUACAGGUGGUGCCGAACACGGAGGCCGGCAAGGCAAGCGUCAUCAGCGACGAGGAGCUCGACAUGCUACUGGACCGCCGCCCCGAAGUGUUCGUUGAUCGCGGUAAGGGGUGGACGUCUGCAGGUCAGGAGGCUCCCGAGGAGGCAGCUGUGAAGACGGCUAAGUUUGCUGUGUAUGAGGCCCCCGUCCAUGAGGCAGGUGACAUGUUGGCUGGUAUGAUGGAUGACGAUGAUGAGUAG